UGAUACAGUCGAUCAUUUGCAACCAAUGUUCGUUUUGUACAAGAUGCUUUAUAUGGUCACCGCAGCAAAGAAAAAAAAAAUCCAGGGAUGCCAUCUCGGACUUCAAAAAACGUUUGAAGGGUGAUGACGCGUCUGAAUGAAAAUUGUUCGCGAAAAUGGGAUGGGACGUGCGGGGCGUGGUUUAGAAAGUGCAAUUUUUCGCCUUGUUUCUUUGAUUUCCCUGCUUCUUUUUCACUCCAACUCACGAAUUUCCAGUCAACCACUUGCAAUAAUGACAGCUGCUGAGCGUGAUCCUGCACAACAACCGGCCAACGAUGCCGUGAAGCCUACUGCUUCACGAGAAGAAGAUGUGGGGCUCAUCUUUGUGCGCGAAUACUACACAUUUCUCAACAAGAAGCCUCACCGACUUCAUGCAUUCUACGGCAAGAAUUCCUCUUUUGUAAGAGGAUCCGAAGGCGAAGUUACUGAAACAUACGUUGGACAAAAGAAGAUUGAAGAGCUUAAUUUCCAAGAUUGCAAAGUACUUGUGACACAAGUGGACAGUCUCGUGUCGGAAAACAAUGGGCUCUUGAUUCAAGUGUUGGGAGAAAUGUGCAACAGAGAUGGACCGUCGCAAAAGUUUGCUCAAACCUUCUUCUUGGCCACGCAACCCAACGGUUACUUUGUUUUGACCGACAUUUUCCGCUUCCUGAAGGAUGAAGUCGACAUUGACUAUUAUGCAUGCGAAGAUGAAGACAAAGUUCAACCGGUGACCGAACCAGCCGUGGAGAAAACAACAGGUACACCCAACCAGACAAUGCCCGUCACCACAGCUGCUCCCACGGAAUCCCCAUCCACCGAUGUGACGCCAGCCAACGUCGAAUCGUCGGUUCCUGCCUCUCUCAAGCACACCACCGUCGAAUCCGUGAGUCAGCCGGCGCCGCCGCGUCCUGCUGAAUCAAAGUCCGCCGAACCCAGAAAAGGAAGCAAGGAUGAAGACAAAAAGAGAAAGGGUCCUGCAGUACAAGAUAAAAAGGAAGGCUCAGAUGCUGCCGUCCUCAAGGGGGCUCGGUCAGAAAAGAAAUCAGAAGAAACACAGCGAAAGAAUCGAAAGAAUGAGAAACGGUCGGAAAAGAAGGGGGACAAGCAAGGUGACAAGGCGGCUGAGAAAUCAGUAGAAAAGCAAGACGAGAAACAAGAAGAGGAGUCAAGCCAACCGCCUGCUCCAAAAACGUGGGCCAACUUGGCCGCGAACGAUUCUUCUAAAUGGGGAACUCAAGCUACUGAAACCAAAGCUCAAGCCGUACCGGUUCCUGCUGCCAAUUCAGAAUCACCCACCACCGUCACUACACCUUCACCUACGACUCAAACGUCCCCUAAAUCCAAUGAACAGAAACAAGGCUAUCCGAAGCACGAAGGGUACCGUCACCAUGAUAAAGAUUUCCGCAAAGAAGAUGUGACGGAUAUUUUCGUGAAAAAUGUGACCUCAACCAUUACCGAAGAAGAGCUUCAGCAAGCAUUUAGUCAGUUUGGUAGUGUGAAAUCUCUGAAUAUUAUUCAAGCAAAGAACUGUGCAUUCCUCGAUUUCACGACCCCGGAAGCGCGACAAAAAGCGAUUGCGCAACACCGAGUGACGGUGGGUGAAGCCACAGUGCUUGCAGAGGAACGUCGUUCAAGAGGUUACUCGCAUUCACGACAACAACAAAACGGAACACCUUUCGAACGUCGGUUCCCACCCAAUCGACGUGGAGGCGGUCCGCGUGGGCUCAAUAACCGACCCCGUCAUGCCAAUCAUUCACAGGGAACUAGCCCUCAAAAGUAACACAUCAUAUAGCGCAUUGCACUUUGUAUUUACAAAACUCUUUUUUUUUAUUUGAUCCAAGUGCUCAAUUUACCAAUGUACUCUUUGUACGCUUUGCUAUUUUAUUUCCAACG